GGGACGCGCCUUUGACGCGCGGCUUGGCAAGAAAGCUAGUUCCUGCUCGCCGCUGGUCGUUUCCUGUAAUCGUGCGGUGUUGUGAGACGGAGAAAGCCAUGUGUGUCGACGCAAAGAAUCUCACGUGUUUUGUUUAGGGCAUCAAGGGACUUAGUCUUUGCCCCAGAGAGUGAAGAAAGCAGUGGUUUCACGGAGUUGAGGACAGAGGGUGAGGUGGACAGGAGAACCCUCUACCUCACUCCUGGUCCUCACACUGUCCGUCAGGCAUCUGCCUUCUGCCUACUCCUGCCUAUGAGCCUGGGGAGUAAAUGACUUCAGAACUUGACUCGCCACAGGGACUUGAAUUUUGUGUGACUGCUGUCUGAGGCCUUUUCCUCCCCUGCAUUCCUGAUUUUUAACAAACUGUUUGACGAGAUGGCGGAUCCCAUCAUGGACCUAUUUGAUGACACACCACUGUUUAACCUGGAUGCCCUCCCUGAAGAUGCUUUCUCUCAGGGCUCUUCAGACCCUGUUGAGGAGGCACUGAAGUUGGCCCUGGGACAGGUGGAUCCCCCGAUGGAUCCGGCCUCGGACCCCAGCAUGGCUGUCCUCGCUGACCCUGUCCCAGCUGCCCUGUCGGUCCAGACCCCUAUCGCGACACCCGUCCCUACCGUACCUCUUCAGACGCAUCAAGCCUGUCCGGUCUCCCUCACCCAGGCCGUGUCUGCCCCAGCUCCGGUUACCAUUCAGACAGUGCCUCACACCUCUGUUCCCAUGGCCAGUAGCAGCAGUGGUUCCACCGCGGUCCUGCUCAGUUCCCCCUUGACGGUGCCUGUGUCGGGAGCUCAGGUCAGUUCGCAGCAGCAUACGUCUACUCAGGCGGCAGGGCAGACUGCCCCAAAGAUUGUGAUCCUGAAGGGACCUCAGGGUCAGGCGCAGGUGCUACAGAGUGUUGCGGGCUCUGCAGGUUCCCCGGGGAAGCUCACCAUUGCCAGAGUUCUGACGGGGACACCUAUAAGGCCAGGAAUGUCCAUCGUCUCAGGGGGGACGGUAUUAAAUGCUACGCAGUCUGCGCCAGGCCAGGUGAAGAUGGGGACCGGUGUCCAGAGGCUGGUGCAGACCCCCAACGGACCCGUCAAGCAGGUGCUGCUGACGUCGCUGCCCCAGACGCCAUCGCAGGUCCAGAUACCCGCGCAACUCGCGCAGACGCAGCUGCUGCAGACGCAGGCCCAGGCCCAGACGGCACAGACGCAGGUGCACGUGCAGACCCCGGCACAGGCCACGGUGCAGACACAAGCCCAAGUGCAGGUUGCCACCACAACUGGAGGAACAGCAGCAGCGGUCCGACCACAAGGUGUCACUCUGGCGACGGUACCACAGCAGGGCGAAGCUAAGCGAAUCACCUUGGUGCUGCAGCAGCCUUCCGGCAGCCCUGCCCAGGCCGGCACAGUGGCGGUGGGGAGCACUCCGGCUGCAGGGGCCGGCCAGCAGGCCGGGCAGCAGCCCAGGCUGGUGUUGGGCUCUCUGCCAGGGAAGCUGGUCCUCCAGGGGGGCCAGCUGGCAGCACUCACCCAGGCCCGCACAGGUCAGACUGGGACGCAGCCAAAGGUGCUGACCAUCCAGCUGCAGGUGCAGCAGCAGCCCAGCCAACAGGGAGCCAAGUUUCAGCUUGUUUCUGGCACCCCUAACACUGGAGGUUCCCCGCAGGUAGUGCAGAUCUCGCAGGGUCAGGGAGGGCAGAGGCUGGCUGUUCCUCUCAAACUUCUGCUGCAACCCCAGACGAGUACGUCUUCCGGAGGUGCCGUUUCUGUGGUCAAAGUCAUCAAUACCACCGCCGGCACGGCAACCACGUCGGGCAGCCCGGCGGCGGGAGUUCGUGUGGUCAAGGCCCAGGAGCCCGUGCGGAAGGUGGAGAGCCUGUGCAAGCAGGAGAAGGCCAACCGCAUCGUCGCGGAGGCCAUCGCCCGAGCCAAGGCCCGAGGUGAAAGGAACAUCCCCCGGGUGCUCAACCAGGACGAGCUCCCCGCCGGCCAGACCUCCGCCGACGUGGAGGGUGCCGCCGCGCCCGCCGGGACCAAGAAAAAGGUCGGGGGAGGGAACAAGAAGAAGAGCCCUGCUUCUGGGGCAACGGGCGGGAAAGGCACAGUCGGGGGCGAGAAGAAGGUGAAGGCCAAGGCCCUGGGCUCGGCGGUGCCAGGCGGAGCAGCUGGAGGGAGUAAGGGUAAAGGCAAAGCCAAGCCCAACACGAUUACUCCAGUGGGCGUUAAGAAACGGAAGAGAAACGCGUCUUCUGAUCAUUCGGACGGAGAGCUGAGCCCACCCGCUUCCCCCCGGACCCUGGAAGAGGAUCUGUCUCGGAUGAGACGUUCUAAUCGGCAAGUGAAAAGAAAAAAGUACACUGAGGAUUUGGACAUUAAAAUCACAGAUGAUGAAGAGGAGCAGGACGAAGACGUGGAUGUCACUACCCCGGCCACCGUGAUGACUGGAGGACACGUUCCUCCAGCUGGGGUCCUGCUUCCGGAGCUGGACGGGGACGGCCUUCCCAGCAUGCAGUUCUUUGUGGAGAACCCGAGUGAGGAGGAUGCUGCUAUUGUGGAUAAGGUUUUGGCCAUGCGUCUGACCAGAAAGGAGGUGUCUCCAGGCCAGUAUGUCAAUGUGGAGGAAUUUUUUGUGAAAUACAAAAACUACUCUUACUUGCACUGCGAGUGGGCCACUUUGGAGCAACUCGAGAGGGAUAAGAGAAUUCACCAGAAGCUGAAGAGAUUUAAGACGAAACAGGCUCAAAUGAGGCACAUCUUCCAAGAGGACGAGGAGCCUUUCAAUCCGGAUUACGUGGAGGUGGACCGUAUCCUGGACGAGUCCAACAGUGUGGACAAAGAAAACGGCGAGCCCCUGAUCUACUACCUGGUCAAGUGGUGCUCCCUCCCCUAUGAGGACGCCACCUGGGAGCUGAAGGAGGACGUGGACGAGGCGAAGGUGGCAGAGUUUAAGAAGAUCCAGAGCCGCCAGCCCAGGCUAAAGAGAACCCCUCGACCUCCCGCAAGCGCCUGGAAGAAGCUGGAGCAGUCUCGAGAGUACCGCAGCGGAAACACGCUGAGAGAGUACCAGCUCGAGGGCGUCAACUGGCUGCUCUUCAACUGGUACAACAGGCAGAACUGCAUCCUGGCGGAUGAGAUGGGUCUGGGGAAGACCAUCCAGUCGAUAGCCCUGCUGUCUGAAGUCUUCACCGCGGGCGUCCAAGGACCGUUCCUCAUCAUCGCGCCCCUCUCUACCAUCACUAACUGGGAGCGAGAGUUCACCACGUGGACCGAGAUGAACGCCAUCGUCUACCACGGCAGCCUGGCCAGCCGUCAGAUGAUCCAGCAGUACGAGAUGUACUGCAAAGAUGACAAGGACCACCUCAUCCCUGGUGCGUACAAGUUUGACGCCCUCAUCACGACCUUCGAGAUGGUCCUGUCUGACUGCCCUGAGCUCAGAGAGAUCUACUGGCGCUGUGUGAUCAUUGAUGAAGCUCACCGCCUCAAGAACAGAAACUGUAAACUGCUCGACAGCCUUAAGAUGCUGAAUUUGGAACACAAGGUGUUGCUGACGGGCACGCCGCUGCAGAACACGGUGGAGGAGCUCUUCAGCCUGCUGCACUUCCUGGAGCCGGCCCAGUUCCCUUCCGAAACGGAGUUCCUGCGCGAUUUUGGGGACCUCAAAACGGAGGAGCAGGUUCAGAAACUGCAGGCCAUCCUGAAACCCAUGAUGCUGCGCAGACUAAAGGAAGACGUGGAGAAGAACCUGGCUCCGAAGCAGGAGACCAUCAUCGAGGUGGAGCUCACCGAUGUGCAGAAGAAGUACUACCGGGCCAUCCUGGAGCGCAACUUCAGCUUUCUGAGCAUGGGAGCCAAUCAGAACAGCAACGUCCCCAACCUCCUCAACACCAUGAUGGAGCUUCGCAAAUGCUGCAACCACCCUUAUCUCAUCACAGGCGCGGAAGAGAAGAUUGUGAUGGAGCUCCGGGAGGUGUACGACCCGUCGGCGCCGGACUUCCACCUGCAGGCUCUGGUGCGCUCGGCGGGAAAGCUGGUCCUGCUUGACAAGCUGCUGCCUCGCCUCAAGGCGGGCGGACACAAAGUGCUCAUCUUCUCCCAGAUGGUGCGCUGCCUCGACAUACUGGAGGACUACCUCAUCCACAAGAGAUAUCUCUACGAGCGCAUUGACGGCCGGGUCAGGGGGAACCUUCGGCAGGCGGCCAUCGACCGCUUCAGUAAGUCGGACUCGGACAGGUUCGUCUUCCUGCUCUGCACCCGGGCGGGAGGGUUGGGCAUCAACCUGACCGCCGCCGACACCUGUGUCAUAUUCGACUCCGACUGGAACCCUCAGAACGACCUCCAGGCUCAAGCACGUUGCCAUCGUAUUGGCCAGUCAAAGGCAGUGAAAGUGUAUCGUCUCAUCACCAGAAAUUCCUACGAACGGGAGAUGUUGGACAAAGCCAGUCUGAAACUGGGACUGGACAGGGCCGUGCUUCAAAGCAUGAGCGGAAACAAAGAAGGCAGUGUCAAUGGGAUUCAGCAGUUCUCCAAGAAGGAAAUCGAGGACCUGCUGCGGAAAGGAGCGUACGCCGCCAUCAUGGACGAGAACGAUGAGGGUAGCCGCUUUUGUGAGGAGGACAUCGACCAGAUCCUUCAGAGGAGGGCCACCACCAUCACCAUCGAGAGCGAGGGCAAGGGCUCCACCUUCUCCAAGGCCAGCUUCGUGGCGUCGGAGAACAGGACAGACAUCGCCCUGGAUGACCCGGAGUUCUGGCAGAAGUGGGCCAAGAAAGCGGACAUAGACUUGGACACCAUCAACAGGAAGAACACGCUUGUAAUCGACACGCCGAGGGUGAGGAAGCAGACGCGCCAGUACUCGUCCCUGCGCGGCGAGAGCGGUGAACUCUCCGACCUGGACAGCGAUGAGGAGUACCCGCCCCAUAAUUCUCGGCAGGCCCGAGCCUCGCGGCGCUCGGAGCGCCACGCCGGCGGGGGCUACGGACGCACCGACUGUUUCAGAGUGGAGAAACAUCUGCUGGUCUACGGCUGGGGGCGCUGGAGGGACAUUCUGGCGCACGCUCGGUGUAAACGUCGCCUCGGCGAGAAGGACGUGGAGACCAUCUGCAGGGUCAUCCUGGUCUUCUGCCUGCUGCAUUACCGUGGCGACGAGAACAUCAAGAGCUUCAUAUGGGAGCUCAUCACUCCCCCGGAGAACGGGCAGGAGCCUCACACUCUUCUGAACCACUCUGGUCUGUCCAUUCCGGUGCCUCGUGGGAGAAAGGGCAAGCGAGUGAAGGCUCAGAGCUCGUUCGACGUGCAGAAGGCCGAGUGGAUCCGCAAGUACAACCCGGACACGCUCCUGCUGGACGACAGCUACCGCAAGCACCUCAAACACCAGUGCAACAAGGUCCUGUUACGAGUUCGCAUGCUCUACUACCUGAAACAAGAAGUCAUCGGUGAUCACGGGGAGUCUGUACUGAGAGGAGCCGAUGGCAGGGAUGUGGAUAUCUGGCUGCCUGAGAUGGAGCAGCAGGACGUCCCGUCAGGCUGGUGGGAUGCAGAGGCAGACCGCUGCUUACUCAUCGGCGUCUUCAAACACGGAUACGAGAUGUACACUACCAUGCGUGCUGACCCUUGCCUGUGUUUCCUGGAGCGAUGCGGUCGCCCUGACGACCAGGACAUAAAGGCCGAGCAGCACUCAGCUGACCCCGAGCUAGGAGAUGGAGGGGAUUAUGACAAGUACUCGGAGGACCCGGAGUUCAAACCCGUCACCCGCUACAACAAAGACAUGUAUGAAGAGGCCGAUUCCCGGCACAUGGACGAGAUCUGCGUGGAGGAUCCCUCAACCCCAUCGGAAGUGCUCGCCUCCGGCUCCGUCGGGGCGUGCUAUUGGCCAACAAGCUCAUCCCUGACGGCCAGGCUGCGGCGCCUGAUCACGGCGUACCAGCGCAGCUACCGUCGGGAGCAGCUGAAGAUGGAGGCAGCAGAGAAAGGGGACCGGCGGCGUCGGCGCUGCGAGCAGGCCACGAAGCUGAAGGAGAUCGCCAGGCAGGAGAAGCAACAAAGGUGGACGCGGCGAGAGGAGUGUGACUUCUAUCGGGUGGUGUCCACGUUCGGGGUGGAGCGGAUCAAGGUGGAGGCGGGAGCCCUGGACCGGGCGGAGGCCGAGCUGGACUGGACUCACUUCCGCACCUUCGCGCGGCUGGACAAGAAAACGGACGAGAGUCUGACGCGCUACUUCCGCUGCUUUGUGGCCAUGUGCCGGAGGGUGUGUCACCUGCGACCCCCCCGCGGCGAGGAAUCCCAAGACUUGUCGCAGUCUCUGGCUCCCAUAACUGAAGAGCGGGCGUCUCGUACCCUGUAUCGAAUCAGCCUGCUGUGCCGGCUACGAGAGCGGGUCCUUCCACACCCCUCCCUGGAGGAGCGGCUCCCCCUAGCCCCACCCAGCUCUGACCUGCCCUGCUGGUGGAGCAUGCCCCAGCACGACCGCGAGCUGCUCCUGGGCGCUGCCCGCCACGGCGUGAGCCGCACCGAGCACUCCAUCUUCCCCGACCCACAGUUCUCCUUUGGCCGGGCCCGCCGCGACUACCUCCAGAACCAGCAGGUGGCGCCCGCCGCACCGCUGCAGCCGCACAGCCCUCUGCCGGAGCAGCUCGCGGUGGGCGAGGAGCGGACGCAGGAUGAGGCCCGGCUGCUGGGGGUGGAGGCCGUGUGCCAGUCGGACUGCCCGGCUGUGUCGCUUCCCCGCUCGGAGGUCAAGGCCAGUGGGCAGGCACCCUGGGGCUGGAAGAAGAGCCAGAGCCGGGGGUCCCGGGGGAAGAGCCGGAAGAGGGCGGAGGGGGACGGCGGCCGGCAGUCGGACUCCGACUCCGACUCCGACUCUGACUCGUCGACCUCCUCCCGACAUUCUGGCAGCUCGGAUGAGAGUGGAGACAGCGAUGUGGAGCGAGAGCAGGCAGCUCUGAAGAUGUGUGACGUGGAUGAAGAGAACAGCACCCUCUCCUUCACACCUUCUCAAGACGGUGCCCCACCAGAGACCCUCAGUGACCCCCUUCGGGUAGACUGGCCUAAGGACCGUGUGUUGAUCAACCGCAUGGAUAAUCUCUGCACCCUGGUGCUGACGGGCAGCUGGCCCUUGGGCCGGCGUGCGGUCGCGGAUUCGCAGCUGAACCUGUCCUGCGAUGACCAGGACCUCGGGCACGAUCUCGCCUACACCCGCGUGUCCCGCAGGGGCAACAGCACCCUCUCCGGAGAGGGCGCGGAUGGGCAGGAUGCGGAGUUCACCGUCAAACUCUUGAAAGAGGAGGGUCUGAAGCUGACUUUCUCUAAACAGGCUCUAAUGCCUAACGGAGCAGCAGGGGAGGCAAGUGGUCAUCGAAGACACAAAGACCAAGAGUUGGCAGAUUCAGAGUCAGUACUUCAUGCCCCUCGCAAGAGGGACCUGCCCAACUGGCUCAAAGAAAACCCAGACUAUGAGGUAGAGGGUGACAUGCUAGAACUGCUGGUGAACAGGACCAAGAGGAAGAGGAGGAAGAAGAAGACAGAAAAGGAAGGGGCACUCACUGGUGGUGAAAGGGUUAAAGUCGUGGACAUGAGGACCGGCAAAAAGUAUGGCGGAGUAUAUGGACCUGCACUACAAGACUUGAAGGAGUAUCUGGAGGAGAACCCUGAUUAUGCUGUAGCACCGGAAUGGGCCGACACCGUUCGCAACUCGGGUUUCCUGCCAGAAGUUUUUUUUCACAGACUCCUGUCUCCGCACACCUCAGUCCCCAAGAAGAGCCAGCAUUACUUCUCCAAUCCUUCAGCCCAGUCUGACCCCCUUCUGGGGGGAGGCGAAAGCGAAACACUGGUUUCAGAUGGCGCUUACAUGAUGGACGAUGAAGACCUGGAUGCCGGUGACCUUAGUUCUUCGCGCCACUUCCUCACGCCCACCUAUGAUGUGAAGAUGGAGGCGGGCUCUCUUGACAUAGACGGUGGGGACGGCUUGUCGCAGGGCGGAUACGAUAGCUCCGACAGGGAGGCCAUUUUGGAUGAUAUCAUAAUGGCGCCUAAAAAUUCUGAUUCUUCCUCAAGCUCAGAAGAUUGACCAAGUCUCAGUCCUUUGACAUAGUGCCCUGAGAUCAUGACAUUCUUUUAUUAUAUUUACUCCCUAAACAUGCCCAACUUCAUUAUUUUCUAAUUGUUUUUGAGGAAUUAUGGACAAACCUUCACCCUUUGUUCAGUUGUCUUAGGUAGCUUUGAGGACGGGCAUCAUUAAAAAGAAAAAAAAGGAAAAAAAAGUACUCUGUACAAUUCUUCACUUGUCCCGUUAUGCGAACUCCAAGCCCAGCAGAUUCCAGUGUAUGUCGUCCAUGUCUGCCCGACAGUCAUUCAGCAUUCCCUCCAUGUGGCGGAGCGGAACCUCUGUCUGGACCGCCUGUGGAACGUUGUGCUAAGGGGGGGGGGGGGGUCUUAUUUAUAUGCUGAGUUGAGCCAUGGUGGUACCUCAGUCUCUUAACUGUGGCCGCUCCUUUGCCCAGUUCUCCUGUGCCCAGUUCAAGUGAAGAACUGGGCGUUCAUAAACUGGGUGUUUUUUUUGUUUUGUUUUGUUGUUUUGUUUUUUUAAGGGGUUGGGUUAGGGUUAGACACUGAAACAUGGACUUAUGGGUGUAUUGUACAAUGUAGAGUUGAUAAUAUGCCUGCAAUGAUGCAAAAAUUGAGUUUACUCCUGUUGGAUGAAUUGACUUCAGAUGUCUCUGUGAUGUAAACAUGAAUAACAAUAUACCAUGAAAUCA